AUUUAUAGACCCUUUACAACUGUAGAUACCUAUAUUUACAUUUGCAUGAGCUUCACAAUGCAGAGCUACUUUAAAUAUUUAUUCAGCAUUCAUACAUCUGAACAUGAAGUUAAAACAUCACCUUCUGUGUACGAGCGUGUUAUCAUCAAGCAUAUUUCAGUCACAAGUGUAAGUCAAGGAGAAGUAUGCAAUGACAUUUCUAAUCUAGGAAUGGAAAGAUACCAUGUUGCAGUCAAACAAGGACACGCAGUUUCAGCAAUGGUCACUUGUCCAACAAGUAUUCAAGGAAUCUUUUCAUAUACAUACACGGGACUUGCAUGCACUGAUACCUUGCUGGACACGUGUACAAACAAAACAAUGUUUAUAUACAACGACACUUUAUGCAAUGAUAAUCCAAUGUUUUCCAGUGAGGGUACGUUACAUUGUGCGUUCACUGGAAUUGAAGGAAGUGACACAUUUGUCACUUUGUACAAUGCUGACUCAUCUGUCACAAAUCCUACCAGCUUUCAAUUUUCAUGCAUGGUAUAUACAACUAGUGGUAGCACUGUGUCCGCAACCAUUAAUCCAGAGGAGUGUAUAACAGGACAGACGUCGACUUCCUUAUCGUCAACAUAUGGAAAGACCGUGACAUAUACAGCUUUAUCCUCUUGUUCAACUCCAGAGCCAGAGGAGUCAGAGGAUGAUUUUACUUGGCUUUAUAUCCUACUAGCCGUCUUCGUAUUACUAGUCCUCAUUUUAGUCAUCUUUGUCCUCAUCAAAUCAAGUUUCAAGAAAAAAGAACAGGUGCUUCCCAAUAAAACAGAAGAUGUUAUCAUUUCUAAACCGCCAAUCAGACAUAUCUUUACAUGA